CAGCCAGUCAGCGUUGACUCGUUGCAGCAGGAAGAUCACAUCUCCCUUCUUCAGGUCCAACUCCGCUUUGCCGUUGCCGCGAAAGUCAAACAUCACCUGGGACACACACACACACACACAGAAGAAACCACAUACACACACACACACACAGAAGAAACCACACACACACACACACACAAGAGUGAGAGAGAGGAGAGAAGGACGAGAGAGGAGACGGACACACUCAGCACUCAGAGAGAAGAGACGCUGAGAGCCGACAGCUGACAAGAUGUCGAUGACAGAUCUGUUGAAAGCUGAGGAGAUCAAGAAAGCUCUGGAAGCCUUCGUAGGAGAAACCUUCGACCCCAAGAAGUUCUUCGAGCUGGUGGGGAUGAAGGCCAUGUCGGCGGAGAACGUCAAGAAGGUGUUCCAGGUUCUGGAUGUGGACGGCAGCGGCUUCAUCGAGGAAGAGGAGCUCAAGUUUGUACUGAAAGGGUUCUCCAGUGAGGGUAGAGAUUUGACCGACUCCGAGACAUCAGCGUUCCUCAAAGCUGCAGACAAAGACGGGGACGGGAAGAUCGGCAUCGAUGAGUUUGAGGUCAUGGUGCAUGAGUAGGACACCGUGAGCACCCUCCUCCUCCUCCUCCUCCUCCUCCUCCUUCAUCGCUGCUUUCAUCAUUUUGGAUCAGCCACCUCCCAACUCCACGAGGAAGAACAUCCUCACGUUCUCUCCCCUGUAUAUAUAUAUAUGAAGCUGCUGUUGGUUUAGAAUCACUCUCAGAGUGUUCUGAGAGGUGGUGCUCGUGCUGUAGGUGGUGUAGAUGUUACUCUUUGAUCUUAUUUUACUCCCUCUGUGUAUUCCAGGUUGUGCUUUUUGACUGAUUUUACUUCAUAGUGCACCUCACCCUCCUCCUCCUCCUCCUCCUCCCCCCAUCCCCCUCCUUCUCCCGCCCUGCCUCCCAUCAGAUGAUGUAGUCAAUAAAUGAAAUAUAAAGGAGAGCGGUGAAGAGAGGAGAAGCUCUGAGUAAGAAAUGAUAAUAAAACA